AUGCUAAUAGAUACACAAACAGAAAGAAGCACCUCCUACUCUUCAUCCAUAGUAGAUGAAACAAUAUCAUCAGACACACAAACAGAAAGAAGCACCUCUUCAUCCGUAGGAACUGAAACAAUAUCAUCAGAUACACAAACAGAAAAAAGCACCUCCUCAUUAUCAGUAGGAGCUGAAACAAUAUCAUCAGACACACAAACAGAAAGAAGCACCUCCUCUUCAUCAGUAGGAGCUGAAACAAUAUCAUUAGAUACACAAACAGAAAGAAACACCCCCUCUUCAUCCGUAGGAGCUGAAACAAUAUCAUCAGAUACACAAACAGAAAGAGGCACCUCCUCCUCUUCAUCAGUAGGAGCUGAAACAAUAACAUCAGAUACACAAACAGAAAGAGGCACCUCCUCCUCUUCAUCAGUAGGAGCUGAAACAAUAUCAUCAGACACACAAACAGAAAAAAGCACCUCCUCUUCAUCAGUAGGAUCUGAAACAAUAUCAUCAGAUACACAAACAGAAAGACGCACCUCCUCUUCAUCAAUAGGAGCUGAAGCAAUAUUACCAGAUACACAAACAGAAAGAGACACCUCCUACUUUUCAUCCAUAGGAGCUGAAACAAUAUCAUCAGACACACAAACAGAAAGAAGCACCCCUUCAUCAAUAGGAACUGAAACAAUAUCAUCAGACACACAAACAGAAAGAAGCACCUCUUCAUCAAUAGGAGCUGAAGCAAUAUCAUCAGAUACACAAACAAAAAGAGGCACCUCCUCCUCUUCAUCAAUAGGAGCUGAAACAAUAUCAUUAGAUACACAAACAGAAAGAAUCAACUCCUUCUCUUCGUCAGUAGGAGCUGAAGCAAUAGCAUUAGAUACACAAAAAGAAAGAAGCACCUUCUACUCUUCAUCAAUAGGAGCUGAAGCAAUAUCAUUAGAUACACAAACAGAAAGUGGCACUUCCUCCUCUUCAUCAGAAGGAACUGAAGCAAUAGCAUCAACAAUAUCAGAAUUAAGAACUUUAUCAACAGCAUUUGAACAAGGAUCAACCUUGACUGGAAGAGAAAAAACACAAACAUCGUCUACAACAAGAGAACCCGGGAUAAUACCGCCAGAAAAUACUUCAUCAGAAAUAAUAGAUUUAUCAAAUACAACAUCAGGGGAGAUGAAAUUAUCACUAGGAGUAACGGACUCAGGACUUGUAUCAGCUUCACAAAAUAUUGGUUACUCAGAAAAAAUAACAGAGCAUGGACUAAUAAAAACAACAGCAGACAAGCAAAUGAUAGUAUCAACAGAGGUAAUAGCAGAUGAAGAAUCAGUUACAACAGACAAUAAACUUGCAAUAUUAUCAAGAGAAACAACAACUGGGCCAAGAUCAGCAGCAGACAACAAACUAACACAAUCAUCAACAGAAGCCGGAAAUGGGUUGACCACUAAAAUGAAGGGAACGACAGAUACACAAUCAAUAGUAAUAUCAACUAAUGCUGGAACUGUAUCAUCUUCAUCAGGAACAACUCAAAAGAAAGUAGUAACAACAGAAUCAAAAGCUACAGAUGCCAGAACAGUACUGACAUUAGAAGAUAAUCCAAAAACAGUUACAACAGAGUUGGAAUACAUGUUUGAAGCAUCAACAGAAGCAGGACUGGCGUUAUCAACAAGAGAAUCAGGAAAAUCAGCUUUGUUAACAUCAUCAUCAUCAUCGACAAUUAGAACAAUCUCUGACUCCCCAUUACCAAUAUCAUCAGAAUCAAUGCACAUAUCAACAGAGACUUCAUCACCAGCAAUGUUAUCAACAAGAAAGGAUUCAGGAGCCACAACACUAAUAGCAAAUACAAAAUCAUCAAUUAUUACGAGCUCAGAAUCCCUGCCAAUGACACAAGCAGAAUCAAUUCACAUAUCGAUAGAAACACCAGUGAUGUUAUCAACAACCAAAAGUACAUCAAGCAUAACACCAACAGCAAAUAUUGUAUCAUCAUCACCAUCAUCAAUUACAUCAAACCCAGAAUCCCCGCCAACGACACAAGCAGAAAAAAUACAUAUAUUGACAGAGACAUCAUCAGAAACCUUAUCAACAACACAGGAAGUAGAAACCACAACGCCAACAUCGAAAAUUACACCGGCAUCAUUGAUUACUGCCAACUCUGAAUCACCGCCAACGACACAAGAGGAAUCAAUGCACAGAUCGACAGAGACAUCAUCACCAGUGAUGUUAUCAACAACCACAAGAACAGUAACCACAACACAAACAGCAAAACUUGCAUCAUCAUCAUCAUCAUUAUCAUCAAUUACCGCAUCAACAACACAACCAGUGAUGUUAUCAACAACAAAGAGAACAGUAAACACAACACCAACAGCAAGAAUUACAUCAGCAUCACCAUCAAUUAUAACAAACCCAGGAUCCCUGUCAUCAACACAAUCAGAAACAAUACACAUAUCAACAGAGACAUCACCAGGAACUUUAUCAACAACAAAGGAAGCAGGAGCCACAACGACAACAGUAAAAAUUACACCAUCAUCAUCAUCGUCGUCAUCAUCAUUAUCUUCAAUUACCCGAAACUCAGAAUCUACGCCAACGACACAAGCAGAAUUAUUACACAUAUCUACAAAGGCAUCUCCAUCAGGAACCUUAUCAACCACAGAGGAAAUAGGAAAUAUAACGCCAACAUCAAACACUACAUCGUCAUCAUCAAUUACUACAAACUCAGAAUCACCACCAACGACACAAGUGGAAUCAGUGCAAAUAUCAACAGAGGCAUCACCACUAGGAACUUUGUCAACAACAAAUAAAAUAGGAACCACAAAAACAACAGCAAAAAUUGUAUCAUCAUCACCAUCAUCAAUUACAACAAACUCAGAAUUUCCGCCAUCAACACAUGCAGAAAGAAUACAUAUAACAACAGAGACAGUCUCACCAGGAAGUUUAUCCACAACAAAGGAAGCAGGAAGCACAACACCGACAGUAAAAUUUACAUCACUUCUAUCAUCAGUUACAACCAAUUCAGAAUUUCCAUCAACAACACAAGCAGAAAGAAUACAAAUAUCAACAGAGACAUUCUCACCAGAAAUUUUAUCGACAACAAAGGAAGCAGGAACCUCAACAUCAACAGUAAGAUUUAUAUCAUCAUCAUCGAUUACCACCAACUCAGAAUCCCUGCCAACGACACAAGCAGAAUCAAUGCACAUAUCGACAGAAACAGCAUCACAAAGAAUCUUAUCAAUAACAGAGGGAGCAGGAACUGCAAAAUCACAAAUGCUGUCAUCAUCAAUACCUAAAACAACAUUAUCAGAAUCAGCAAUAUUUACGGAGAAACAGACAACAGACACUCAAUCUAUAUCACCUUCAGUUGAAACAGAAAUUGUAUUCUUUGAAAAUGUGUCAGAAACAAACACAACAGAAAUUGUAACAGAAAAUAUGAUAGAAAUGGUAACAUCACCCCUGAGAGCAACAAUAACUAAUACAAAAUCUAUAGAAACACUGGCACCACCAGUAACUGAAAUGACAGGAGAAACAAGAAUAUCAGGAGUAACCACAUUGAUGACAGAAUCAAAAUAUUCUGAAGUGGAUAGAACAGACAUACCAAUAGUAGGAACAGAAACACAAAAAACAACACCAUUUACACACAGGACAGGAUCAACACCAGUUACAGACACAAUGACAUCAGAAUCACAAUCGACCUUCACAACAGAAGUAAAACAACAAUCUACAGAAUCAGAGAGAACAUUGAUACCAACAGGAGCAGAAAUUGUUCCAACACCAUUACAAGAAACAACAGCAUUAACAAUUGGAUCACCAGCAGAACCAAGAGCAACAACAUCUAUAACAGUAAUAUCUACACCAACAUAUGGAAUAAAAGAAGAUACGAAAACAGAAAUAACAGAGGUGACCACAACAACAGCAAGACCAACAAUGGCAGGACAAACGUUAACAAAGAAAACUAUGACAACAGAAGGACCAACAGAGCCAGGACAGGCAACAGCAGUUCUAACAGAGCCAGUACGAACAUCAACAACAGAAGAAACCAUGACAACAGCAAUACCAAUAGAGCAUGGACGAACAUCAAAAUCAGAGAUAACCAUGACAACAGCAAUACCAACACAGCCAGGACGAGCAUCAACAACAGGGGAAACAAUGACAACAGCAAUAACAGAGGAAACCAUGACAACAGUAAUACCAACAGAUUCAGGAGGAAUAUUACCAACAGCAAAAACCAUGACAACAACAAUAACAACAGAACCUGAACGAGCUUCAGCAAGAGGGGAAACCAUGUCAACAGCAAUACCAACAGAUUCAGAAACAUCAAUAACAGCAAUACCGACAGAGCCAGGACAAGUAUCAAAAAUAGAAGAAACCAUGGUAACAGCAAUUUCGACAGAGUCAGGAGAAGCAUCAACAACAAUGGAAAACAGGACAGUAGCAAUACCACCAGAGCCAGGAGGAGCAUCAACAGCACUGGAAACCAUAACAACAGCAAUACAGACAGAUUCAGGAGAAGCAACAAUAGAAGGGAAAACAAUGACAACAACAAUACAGACAGAGCCAGGACGAGUAUCAACAAUAGAAGAAACCAUGACAACAGCAAUACCAACAGAUCCAGGAGGAAUAUCACCAACAGCAAAAACCAUGACUACAACAAUACCAAAAGAGCCUGAACGAGCUUUAACAACAGCGGAAACCGUGUCAACAGCAAUACAGACAGAGCCAGGACGAGUAUCAACAAUAGAAGAAACCAUGGCAACAGCAAUACCAACAGAUUCAGGAGGUACAUCAAUAACAGCUGAAACCAUGACAACAGCAAUACCAACAGAGCCUAGGCGAACAUCGACAUCAGAGAUAAUGGUGACAGCAGCAAAAACAGAAGAAACAAUGACAACAGCAAUACCAGCAGAACCAGGACGAGCUUCAACAACAGAGGAAACCAUGGUGACAGCAAUACCGACAGAUUCAGGAGGAACAUCAAUAGCAGCGGAAAUCAUGGCAACAGCAAUGCAAACAGAGCCUGAACGAGCAUCAACAACAGAGGAAACCAUGACAACAGCAAUAUCAACAGAUUCAGGAGAAACAUCAACAAUAAUUGAAAACAUCACAAUAGCAACACCAACAGAGCCAGGAGAAACAUCAGCAACAGCGGAAACCGUGACAACAGCAAUACCGACAGAUUCAGGAGAAACAUCAGCAACAGCGGAAACCGUGACAACAGCAAUACCGACAGAUUCAGGAGAAGCGACAAUAGAAGGGAAAACAAUGACAACAACAAUACAGACAGAGCCAGGACGAGUAUCAACAAUAGAAGAAACCAUGACAACAGCAAUACCAACAGAUUCAGGAGAAACAUCAACAAUAAUUGAAAACAUCACAAUAGCAACACCAAUGGAGCCAGGAGAAACAUCAGCAACAGCGGAAACCGUGACAACAGCAAUACCGACAGAACCAGUGCGAACAUUAACAGAAGAGAAAGCAGUAUCCUCUGAAAGUGGUAUUAACUCUGAAGAUAUAAUGAUUUCAUCCACUGAUGCAAGCUUAUCCUCUGUGGAUACUAAUAUUGAGAAUGAAAUUAUGACAUCAACUUCUUUUCACCGAAUAUCCUCGGUCUUUUCUGCUGAAGAAUAUGAAAUUACGACUUUGAUCGACUCUAGUGCUCCAUCACAGUCUGUCAGUUUUACACCUUCAGUCACUACCAGUAUUGCAACUGCAGUCAUUACUAGCCUUAGAAAUGAUAUAACGCAGAUUGUGGAUGUUCCAUCCUCCAUCAGUGUCGAUGUUGCAGAUGAAAUUAAGUUAUCUACAGAUUCGGGUGCUCUAUAUUCAGCUUCCACCCGUGUUGGGAAUGAUGUUACAUCACCUACUGGUUUGGAAGUUGGAACUGAAAUAACGUCAUUAGGUAGCAAUAACAAUGGAUAUGAAAUGAACCUUUCAACUGAUCCAAUACCAACAGCAGCUCUGAUAGUAAUAAUGUUACUGGAAAUGAUGUGA